AUGAAGUUGACGUUUCAACUAGGCGUCGCCUGUUUACUGGCCCAGGCAGCAAGUGCUUACAAGUGUUCUCAGAACGAGAUUCUCAAGAAGUAUAAUGUCGACAAGUAUAGUGUUUCACACACAGUUUCGAGAGACACGCCACCAAGUACUACCAAAGAAGAUUGGUGGAUCAACCUUUGCGAGGAAAAUUCACAAGAUGCGCCCAGGGACUGCAACAAAAACGAUAUUCUGUGCGGCAAGACCAAAGUUACUCUGAAUGACGAUAAAAACAAGGACGAAAUUCUAACGCAGCUCAUCGAUUUCCCAGACUCGACCUUGUCAGGGGCCAGCGAGAAUGAUAAGAACGAGCUAGUUGUGGGGCUGAAAGACGCCAAAUGGGGGUCCAAUACCAUUGAUGCUUCUCUCACUUUUGUUUGUGCCCCCAACAAGGAUUCAAACACAGUUACAUCGCUAUCGUGGCAGGAUCACCGAGUUCAAAUAGUGGUCGAAGGUGAUGCUGGGUGCCUGAAGAAGGAAGAUGGUGGUAAUGACAACAAGGAUGGGGGUAACGACAAGGACGAUAAGGAUGAUGAUAAAGACAAGAAUCGUGACGGCGAAUCUGAUCCCAAAAAGAGCUCCAGCGUAGGCUCUUGGUUCCUAUGGCUUCUCACGUACACUCUGUUGUUUGCGCUAAUAUAUUUACUCGCUACUUCCUACAUGAACACCCGCGGCGGAAACUUUCGUGAAUUCCGCGAGGACUUUAUCGACCGCACAGUCAGUUUGGCUUCGUCGUUGCCGCAGUUCACAAAGGAAAUCAUCGCCAAGGUUUUGGGCCGUGCCUCCUCAUCUCAAAGGGGUGGAUAUAGUGCCGUAUAA